GUAAUUUACAAAUUUGUGCUUCUACUUACGUUGUUUGGUCUGACUUUAUGCAUAUGCUUCAAUUUUCAGAGAUUUCUUGCAAUAUGUCUUCCAAUGCGAUACCAAAUGACGUCUCACAGCUGCCGUUGCGUAAUUGCAACGAUAUGGGCAUUUAGUGCCAUAGUCGCAUUCCCAUGGAUCAUAGUCUUCAACUUGAUAUUCUUUGGUAAGACAUCCGAUAAUGAAGAUCUGUACGUCUGCCGAGAGGUUUGGCCAACGGAACGCAUGGGGAAUGCAUAUUUCAUAGUGGCUAAUCUCAUACUUUGCUACCUGUUGCCACUAUUUGUGAUCAUGGUGUGUUACAGUUUCAUUUGGAUCAGAGUCUGGAAAAGAAAGACACCGGGCGAAGGUGAACACAACAAUGGAAUGAUACAAAAGUCAAGAAUCAAGGUCAUCAAGAUGCUGUUCACUGUUGUGUUGGUAUUCAUGGGGUCCUGGUUUCCUCUUUAUGCCAUUUUCACUCGCAUCAAAGUUGGAGAACCUUACCAGGAGAACAGCUGGGAGGAAAGCAUCAUACAACUGUUGGCGCCGUUUGCUCAGUGGCUUGGAGCUUCCAACAGUUGUGUCAAUCCAUUGUUGUAUGCAUUCUUUAACAAUAGGUUCCGGGCUGGUUUGGUGGAGGUUCUGUCCGGUGAGAAAUGCUGUAGGUGUGCCAAAAAGAAAAAGUUAAGGUUUUCGUCUGGGAAGGCUAAGACACUAACUACGUCAGCGAAAACCAAAAAUAUUACGUCUGUGAAAAAAUGUGGCUGCGAAACCAUUGCUUUGUGA